AACGUGUUGCAAUCCUCGUAGCUCAUAUAAUAUUGACUUUGAGGUUAAUGAUCAACAUUCUGUGAAGCUGAAGCACCUGCUUUCACUGACCACUAAACAUCAUCUGCAGUGGCUCUGUUUUGUAGCUUAGUUUUUCACGGCAGCAGAUAUUAAAUGUCAUGUUGUGUGUGCUUGUAGUUGAGCUGCUGCCUGCUGCACUACAUUACCCACAAUGCAGCUGUGCAGGUGGCGGUUUCACCUGUUUGUCCAGGUAGAGGAGGAAGGAGCGAGCGCACAGAGAGCAGCAGAGCACAGCAGAGCAGACUCAUGGAGCCAGAGGAUCCUCAGGACGACUCCUUCGACUUCCUCUUCAAGAUCAUCCUCAUCGGGGACUCCAACGUGGGCAAGACCAGCCUGGUGCAGAGCUUCAAGAGCGGCCUGUUCUCCGAGGCGCAGCAGAACACCAUCGGCGUGGACUUCACCGUGCGCACGCUCCACAUCGACGGCCGCAGAGUGAAGAUGCAGGUGUGGGACACGGCGGGACAGGAGCGCUUCCGCACCAUCACGCAGAGCUACUACCGCAGCGCUCACGGGGCCAUGAUCGCCUACGACAUCAGCCGCAGGGACACCUUCGACUCCGCGCUCCGCUGGCUCCACGAGCUGCAGCGCUUUGGGGCCGCCAACGUGCUCACCGCGCUCAUAGGUAACAAGCGCGACCUGGAGGCAGAGCGGCAGGUGCCGUUCUCAGACGCCUGUAAGCUAGCGGAGGAGCAGGGCAUGCUAGCGGCUCUGGAGACGUCAGCGCGGGAGAAGCGGAGCGUGGAGGAGGCGUUCGUCAUGAUGGCACGGCAGCUGCUGCAGCAGAACGGCCUGAGCGUCACGCCGGACGCUGACACACACGUGCUGCUGCGCACUAACUCUCGCGCCGUCAUCAGCGGGCCGUUGCUAGCAGAGCGCCAGAAGCAGCAGCCCUGCCAGUGCUGAACGCAACACAAGGGGCCGUUCACUACAGUGCGCUGCUUUACAUUCUUUCUCUAUGAAUACAUACUAUGACUGGUGCAUCGCGUCUUGCACAUGGGCG